AUGACAUUACCAACUUUUAGAUACAGCUUCCACCACAAAAGCAGCAAUAAGGAUAAACAAGAACAUCAUGAAGAGGAUAUACAUGAACAGGAUGAUGAAAAACAGAUGAGUCCCACCAGUUUGAGGGACUUGCACGACGAUUUGGACGAUAUUUAUAAUAAUUACACUAUUGCCGCGCAAGCCAAUAAUGAUAGUGUUGAUACCUUGGAUUCCGAACAUAACCAAGCAGAAAAUGCAUUUAUUUACAAAUCACCUACACAACCACAAGAUUUGCCUGUUGUUCAUAUAUCAUCCAGGUUAUCAUCAUUGGAAAAUGUUUCCGCUGAAAUGGGUGCUAGAACAGACCCUGGAACCCCCUUAUCCACCAACUCUUUUGAUUUCAGACCUGCAUAUCCACGAGCAAUUACCAACUCAUCAUUGAAUGUAUUAUUAGAUAGUCCGAAUGUCAGCACAGAGUUCAAUCAUCUAGUCGACCAAACACCUCCCCCUGAGCCUAUCGAGGAAACAGUUGCCCAUGAAGUUGUUGGUGAGUAUAUGUCUGAAAAUGAAGAACAAGAAGAAUGUGAAAAUGCAGAGGAGCAAGGAUCAGAGAAAGAAACUUCAAGCGAUGAAAUUCCUGUCGCUCCUCAACUAAAGAAAAGUAAAGAAGAUUGGGAGAGAAGAGGAUCAGCAAUCAAAACGGUUCACACUCCAGCAGGAGAAACCAAGGUCAUUCGAAGAAGUGUCACUGAUUUUAAAUUUGGUAAAGAAUUGGGAGAAGGUUCUUAUUCAACUGUCAUUCUUGCUACUGAUAAGAUUACAUCUAAACAAUAUGCUGUCAAAGUUCUUGAUAAACGUCACAUAAUUAAAGAAAAGAAGGUCAAAUAUGUCAAUAUUGAAAAACAUGCUCUAAACAGAUUGAGUGAUAGACUAGGCAUAAUCUCGUUAUAUUUCACUUUCCAAGAUAAAGACUCUCUUUAUUUUGUAUUAGAUUAUGCUUCCAAUGGCGAGUUGUUGACUUUGAUUAAAAAAUACAAUACCUUAAAUGAAGAGAGCACCAGACAUUUUGGUGCACAAAUAUUGGAUGCGAUAAAGUAUAUGCAUGACAAUGGUGUGAUUCAUCGUGAUUUGAAACCAGAGAAUAUUUUAAUUGACGAUCAAAUGAGAGUUAGAAUUACUGAUUUUGGUACUGCUAGACUAUUAGAAAAGAAAAAUGAUGAUAGCGAAGAUUACCCAAUUGAUGUCAGAGCCAAAUCCUUCGUUGGUACGGCUGAAUACGUGUCACCAGAAUUAUUGGAAAGCAAAUAUUGUGGUAAACCUGGUGAUAUAUGGGCCUUUGGUUGUAUCAUCUAUCAAAUGAUUGCUGGUAAGCCUCCGUUUAGAGCUACAAAUGAAUAUUUGACGUUUCAAAAGAUCACGAAAUUGCAGUAUGCAUUUAGUGCUGGUUUCCCCACAGUUAUUCGAGACUUGAUUAAGAAGAUUCUUGUGUUGCAACCAUCUAGACGUGCCACUAUUCCUGAGAUCCAAAACCAUUAUUUCUUUCAGUCAAUUGACUUUGAUGACUUCGACCUGAUUUGGCUUUCCGAGCCUCCCGAACUUGGACCUUAUAAGAUGACUGCGAAAUCCAUGAUGAAAAUACCCGAAUUGAACAAAACACCAGGUCCUGCUUUUAGAAAAAAGAUUGUCAAGAAAACGGUUGCACCUACUAAACCUAAGUCACAAAUACCAUCUACCGCUGCGGGCAAUGGUACUCAUGGUACAUCACCAGCUCCAGAACUAAGAUCGCCAAACACAGCACAUAAUAACAAGUCUACUGAUGGUGUUAGCGCCGCAUCAGUUGCCGCUUUUGUGUUAAAUAAACCGCAGACAAACUCGGAUACCAGUGUUUCUGAUGAUUCACCAAAGGGGUCAGCCCAUAGCGAGUCUAAAGAAGUCAGUAAUAAGAGAACAAUUCAUGCCCCUGGAGAUUACAUUCCUGGUACCAAUAUUUUACGUCCACAAAUUGCAACAAGAGCUCCGAUUGCCAGUUAUGCCAGACAAUCUGCAUCUACAAAGGAGAGAGAACGUGAUAGGGGAUCAUUAUCAAGACAGCCACUGAAUCAGCAACAGCAUGUUGUCCAAAAAUCUGAACCUGUGAAACCACAACCAAUGGAGGUUACGCCAAUGACUACAUUGGAAGCAGCAUGGGGAUCAUAUUUGACACACCCGGAUGAAAGAGUUAUAAGACUUGGUCCCGUCAUUGUGCAUAAGGAGCCAACUGAACCAUUUGAAAGAAAAAAUAAAGCCUCGUUGCAUGCUUCGCCGUUGAAUUUAAAAAAUGCUACUCAAAGGAAUCGAUCAAAUACGAGUUUGAUGGCACAGUUAGUUAAUGAAGUGAACAAUAAUGCGUUGGAAUUUAAGAACAAUGAAAAUGCAGAUGAGUCGCUUGCAAUUUUAGAACCACAAUACAACAUGAAAAGAAGUUCAUCAACUGCGAGUGGAAAGAACAGUGUAGAUCUCCAAAGAUCUGGUUCGACUUCUGGUGGAAGUAGCAAUAAACUGGGCAAGAAAUCGUUCUUCAAAAAAUUGGGAUUCAGUCACAUCGACAGACAUGAGAAUGAUGAUUCUCGUGGUCCAAGCUUGACUGACAGGCCCCAGACCUGUACUAUGGUGGUUACAACUCACGGUAGAGCAUUACUUUUUACAAGAGAUGAAGGUGAAUCGAAUUUUAUUUUAUUGGCAGAGGUUAGAUUGAAGUAUCCAUUCAUCCAUUUUCAAGAGUUGGUUUCUUCACAGAGUAAGCUUUCCAAAAUGUUACCUUCUGUUGGUGUUUUUGUGAUUAGUUCUAUUGAUAAUUCUCUUGUUUUUGAAGUGGAGACUUUUGAAGUUAAUCCAUGGACGGAAGCAUUGGCAAAGUCAAAGUUCAAUGAACUAGAAAGAGAAAAAUUAGCUGAAUAUGAAUCACAACAAUCUAAGAAGGAUACUAUUGUUGCUCCUAUUCCAAAGAAGCUGUCCCUGUCAGCCGUUUCAUCUCCUAAACUUUUGGACUCUCCAGCAUUUGACCCUCAUAAUAAGUCGAAUGCACAAUCAGCUCAAAGAUCUACUAAUAUAAAGACUACUACAAGUCCAACACAAUCACCUCGUGAAGCGAAUGCAAGACCAUCUAAUAUGUUGAAAGCAAAGAUUUUAUCGAGCGGUCCAAGAAGAAAGCCACCACCAGUUAGUCCUCCACCGACUAGUCCAAAAAAUGAACUUAAUUAUCAUACAGGGUUACCAAAUAAAUCAAAUUCCAAUGGGAUGUUGCAUGCUGCGAAAUUGGCCGUAUCACAAAAUACGCAUUCUUCGUACCAUCAUAGCCAUGGUCGUUCAAGUUUUACUAAGGAGGAUGGAAGCAAAGUUGAUCUUAACAAACUCAGGUCACACAAUACCCAAACUAAUGGUAAUAAAACUACACCUGGUGUAACUCAGUUGAAUUCAAAGUUCCUAGCAAGAAGUACUAGAAAAAAGUAA